UUUGGUGGGUUGUUAAUGCUCUCAUGAUGACAUUUGGAGAUUAAAAAAAUGAACCUUUUGGAAAGUUGAAGGUUAACAUGCCGACUUGUAUUACUUCCCCCCCUUUUGUUAUAAGCCGUUGUAUUUUAAUAGUUCCUUGCUGGGCAUUAGCAGCAUUCUAUCUGUAUGAAUUAUUUAGCUGUAAGGACUAUUUGUGACCUGGUGAAUCGCGCCCCCUCACACAUUUAAAAAAGACUUAACUUAAGCUGUAGCAGUUUGCAGAAGGAAACCGAAAGCAUGAAAGAAGCUCAAAGCUUUCGCUUUCACUUCCAACGCGCAUUCAGUUCCCACUCCGGUUGAAGGUUGAGGUCUCUUUUCUUUAUACCCAUAUAUUUUUUUUGUAUACUGUAUAUUUGUUUAAAGCACUUCGAUUAAGACUAUUUUCUGUAGAAGCUUGCGCGGCAUCAGAAUAAAAUAAAAUACAUAGGUGUUUAAUGCACUUGCAUGGUGGAAACGUCGAGCCACCUCGCACAUGCAUCUCUGACACCUGGAAGACAACGCGUCUUCUUUUGUUAAUGCUGUGAGACGCCGAUCUUCGAGCGGACGAUGGAAGCCAAGAUGCACAUGAAAGAGUGGCUGAUAGCGCAGAUAGACAGCGGGAAAUAUGACGGACUGCGCUGGGAGGACGAGCGCAAAAGCAUGUUCCGGAUACCGUGGAAGCACGCAGCCAAGAAGGACUACAAGGAGGAGGAGGACGCGGCUCUGUUUAAGGCGUGGGCCGUAUACAAGGGCAAGUUCAGGGAGGGGAGAGAUAGAGCCGAUCCGACCAUGUGGAAGACCCGACUCCGCUGUGCGCUCAACAAGAGCACAGACUUCCGGGAGGUCCCUGAACGCAACCAGCUGGACAUCAGUGAGCCUUAUAAAGUCUACUUGAUCCAGCAGGACGGCGGCUCAGCAACACCAGCAGAGUCUCCUGAGACCAAAGACCAGGUGAUCCACGCUCUAAGCUCUCCGAGGAGCCCUGCUGCUGUGGACCAAAAGGAAUCAUUUCACAGAACUAAAGAAGAAGUAGAACCAUUGGCGGAUGACCUGAUGAGGGAGCACAUGUAUUGUGAGCUCACAGGGGGGAGAACUCUAAAUCAGAGCCCCGCUAGAACAACCUUCCUCAGCCCCGCCUUCACUGUAUCAGACUUUCGCAUGCAGGUGACGUUGUUGUACCAGGGCCAGCGGGUGAUGAAGGUGACCACCAGCAGCCCGGACGGCUGCUUCAUCCUGCAGGGCGGCGUCCCCGUGGGAAACGAGCGGAUCUACGGGCCCUGCACCGCCCAGCAGCUCUGCUUCCCCUCGCCGGGCUCCAUGGCGCUGCCCUCGUGGAUGGCCGAGGCGAUGAACCGCCUCCUGUGUCACCUGGAGAGGGGCGUGCUGUUGUGGGUGGCCCCGGACGGGGUGUUCAUCAAGCGCUUCUGCCAAGGCAGGGUGUACUGGAGCGGCCCCAUGGCCCGACACGCCGACCGGCCCAACAAGCUGGAGCGAGAAAAGACCUUCAAACUGCUCGACGUGCCGGCGUUCCUGAACGAUCUCCGGGGGUGUUUACAAGGGAAGGGACCCGCGCCUUCCUAUGAGAUCGAGCUCUGCUUCGGAGAGGAGUACCCAGACCCCAACGUGCCUAAAAGCAGGAAGCUGAUCAUGGCCAAGGUGGUGCCCUUGUUUGCGGUGGAGCUGCUGGAGAGGUUCAACUACUGAGAGAUGGAGAAGAAUCGGACGAUUCUCACCCCCAACGCAGGGGGUGAGAGGGGUAAAAGAUGUAGCACUGGGCCAGCUUCCCUGCACCUGGGCUGCCAUGGACAAUAUACAAGCGGAUUUACUGGAGUUAAUUCCUCCUUCACGAGGGGACAAGAGCUGAGCAAACAAUACGGAGUAUGAUCAGCGGAAAUACAUAAGCAUGAAGAAACAAUGUCAGUGUAGACCUGUUUACAAUAUAUAAACAGAUUUCUUUUGUACAUGAAAUUGCCUUUUCUCUACUUGUAUUGAAGUAUUCCUAAACCCAAUAAAACAUGCCGAAAAAUCGGAUCGAAGAGCUUCA